CAGACGCUCUCGCGAACUCUCAUUAUUGCUAACAAGUAGGAGUUCUUACUGCCGCGAAAAUGAAGUGCGUGCGAAUUUGUGCUCUUUUUAUUUUUAUAUGGACUGCUAAUGCGCGAGAAACGUCGAUUAGGCAUGAGUUGAAAACUUUGGCCGAAGAAGUCGACUCCCUGAAAAAAAUGCAUUUGGCAGAUACAUCGCGAUUGAAGAAAGAAAUAGAAGAGCUCAAGAAAAACGCUGGUUCCAGUUGCUCCGAUAACCACGAUCACAACGAGAAAGCUACUCUGGAGUGGGCUAAAAGCACUAUGAAGGAGGUGCGCGUCGAAGUGCGCGAACUGAGUCGAAGCAUCAACAAUUCCCAACUUACUCGGCAAUUGCACACCAUGCGGAAUGAGCUGAAACAGGCCUUGGCUGAAACCCAUGACUUGGCACACCUGGCCCAUACCCAAGAAGCCAGAGUGGACAAGCUCGACAGCGAGGUUGGACGUCUUAAGUACGAGGAGCAAGAAUUAAGGGGCGCUUCGGCACAGAUGCGUACCGAUUUAGGAAAAUUAUCAAAGGAGUUGAAGACCAGCAAAAUGGAAAAUAUGAACAGUUACAACGAUGUUGAAACACAUGAAAUACAAGAGGGAAGUCUGAAGUUGAAGCAUUAUCAUAAGAUACGUCAUAACAAAAUGAUGUAUACUCAGAUCUCCCGCCUGGCCCGCACCCAAGAACAACUAGACGAGUAUCAACAAAAUUUGCAGGCGCAAAUACUUGACGCACAAAGGCGACUCGACCGGCUUGAAGAACCCAACUGGAACCUUAUUUCGACAAAAGUAGAGAUGAUUGAAUUGGAAACUAAAGCUCUGCGGAAUGAACUCCAUAACACUUCACAAAAAUUAUCCGAUUUCGAAAAGGUACACUCCUCUGUGCUAGAACUGCGCGAAGAUAUUGAAAGUAUUGAAAACAAGGCCGAUAAAACUAUACCCGAAUUCAGAAAGGAAAUCUCCAAAUUAGAUGUCAGUGUUGCACAGCUCAAUGCUCAAUCAUCUUACUUGAAGGAAGAUCAAGAAAAUUUGCGACAAUCGGUCAAGGCUAUUGCCGUGAGCGUAAGCAAUACUAUCGACCGCGCUGCAAUGGACCGCCUCGCAAUUAAAGAGCUCAAUGAAACCGUCAACGAACUUGUAACCAGGUCUAAGAAACAAUACUCUUGGUUCAACAACCACAUACUCAAGAGUGAGGUUAACAUGUCCAACUUGGCAAACAAUGGCGCUGUGGAAAUGGGGACUGUCGAAAUGAGAUUGCCAGAGCUCAUGGGUGAAGUUAAGACACUGCAGCCUGUAGAAAGGGAAUAUGAAAAUCUUGUGAAUAAGCUACCCAAGGAUUGCUCGAACAUCUCCGGUGCAGCAGGAACUUUUCUUAUUCACCCAGGAAAAUCACCAGUGGAGACUUGGUGCUCUGAUGGCAGCACUCUUCUUCAACGCCGUUUCAAUGGUUCCGUUGAAUUUAACAGGAAAUUUUCCGAAUACGUUCACGGUUUUGGCAAGGCUUCUUCAGAAUUUUGGCUUGGUUUGGAAACAAUGCAUGAACUGACUGCUGACAACUGCUCAUCUAUGAGGAUCGAUAUGACUGACAUUUAUGGAAGCGUUUGGUUCGCCGAGUAUGAUCAUUUCUUCGUAGGCAGCGCCGAUACAGGAUAUGUCUUAGAAGUGAGCGGAUAUUACGGAAAUUCAAGUGAUGCUUUUGAAUACCAAAACCACAUGCAAUUUUCAGCUAUCGAUCAUGACCGUGAUAUUUCGAACACCCACUGCGCUGGAAACUACGAAGGUGGUUGGUGGUUCUCUCAUUGCCAGCAUGUGAACAUUAAUGGAAAGUAUACCCUUGGUCUGACUUGGUUCGAUUCAGCCAGGAAUGAAUGGAUUGCCGUGGCUUCAAGCGUCAUGCGCUUGCACCGCCGCCCUGGAUGCGUUUAAACACACGCUGAGGAAUACGUUUAUUCAUUCUCUCUUUUAAAAUAUAAUAUAAUCGCACUUUGUGCUUAUAAACUUAAUCAAUAAUCAUACCAAAGAUAACCUAGUAGAAAUUGAUUCGUAGGUACUUAUAUUUAACGGUUCAGAUGGAUAAGUAGAUUGUUUAAUUCAAAUAUUAUCAUCUUGUCGGUCUGCUAAUGUUUUCAUAGUUAUUUUUUAUGCUUG